UAACAUUAGCUAGUCCGUGGUCUGACAGGAGGCCCCCCUUCCACUCCCGCCAGCCCCAGCGUCCGGGGCCGGGGUCUCCCCUCCCAGUCUGUGUUGGACGGGGGCGCUGAGGCGGCGGCCGGGCCCUGUCUGAGGAAGAGGGUGGGGCGUAGGCUAAAGCCAACCAAUAAGAGCGAAGGACGCUACAAAUGGCGGCCAUGAGCGCCAAUGGGAGAUCGCCUUUACCUUGCGGACUGCCGCCCUCUUCUCUUCUCCCGCCUCCUUCCUUUUGGAGGAAGGCGGGGCCAGAGGACUGAAGUGUGGGGAGAACUUGGGUAAUGUCCCUGGCUCUACCUGCACACCUGCACUGAAGUCCUCUGAAGUUGUUUUGUGCAUGUUAAGACUGAGUUUUUCCUUGGCUGUAGUGGGAUUCCAGGAGGGAAUCAGUGUUACCACAGUCACCUAUCCAUACUGGCUCUGCUCUGCUCUAUGAAAUAUGGGAGACGACAGACCGUUUGUGUGCAAUGCCCCGGGCUGUGGACAGAGAUUUACAAAUGAGGACCACCUGGCAGUUCAUAAACACAAGCAUGAGAUGACAUUGAAAUUCGGCCCAGCCAGAACGGACUCAGUCAUCAUUGCAGAUCAAACACCUACUCCGACUAGAUUCCUGAAGAACUGUGAGGAGGUGGGGCUCUUCAAUGAACUAGCUAGUUCCUUUGAACAAGAAUUCAAAAAAACUUCAGAUGAGGAUGAGAAAAAGGGUACUUCUGGGCCCCUUGACAUGUCUCUGCCUUCUACACCAGAUAUCAAAAUCAAAGAAGAAGAACCAGUGGAAGUAGAUUCAUCCCCUUCUGACAGUCCUGCCUCUAGCCCCUGUUCCCCACCAUUGAAGGAGAAGGAAGUUACCCCCAAACCUGCUGUGAUCUCUACCCCCACACCCACCAUCGUGCGUCCUGGCUCCCUGCCUCUCCACUUAGGUUAUGAUGCACUUCAUCCAACUCUUCCCUCUCCGACAUCUGUCAUCACACAGGCUCCACCAUCCAACAGGCAAAUGGGGUCUCCUACUGGUUCCCUCCCUCUCGUCAUGCAUCUUGCUAAUGGACAGACCAUGCCUGUGCUGCCAGGGCCUCCAGUACAGAUGCCUUCUGUUAUUUCGCUGGCCAGACCUGUGUCCAUGGUGCCCAACAUUCCUGGAAUACCUGGCCCACCAGUUAACAGUAGUGGUUCCAUUUCUCCCUCUGGCCACCCUGUGCCAUCAGAAGCCAAGAUGAGACUAAAAGCCACACUAACGCAUCAAGUCUCCUCACUCAAUGGAGGUUGUGGAAUGGCGGUGGGUACUGCCAGCACCAUGGUGACAGCCCGUCCAGAGCAGAGCCAGAUCCUUAUCCAGCACCCUGAUGCUCCAUCCCCUGCCCAGCCACAGGUCUCUCCAGCACAGCCCACUCCUAGUACUGGAGGACGGCGGCGACGCACAGUGGAUGAAGAUCCAGAUGAACGGCGGCAGCGUUUCCUGGAGCGCAAUCGGGCAGCAGCCUCUCGCUGCCGCCAGAAACGGAAACUGUGGGUGUCCUCCCUUGAAAAGAAGGCGGAGGAACUCACUUCUCAAAACAUCCAGCUGAGUAAUGAAGUCACAUUACUACGCAAUGAAGUGGCUCAGUUGAAACAGCUACUGUUAGCGCAUAAAGACUGCCCAGUCACUGCACUACAGAAAAAGACUCAAGGAUACCUAGAAAGCCCCAAGGAGAGCUCAGAGCCAACGGGUUCUCCAGCCCCUGUGAUUCAGCACAGUUCAGCAACAGCUCCUAGCAAUGGCCUCAGCGUUCGUUCUGCAGCUGAAGCUGUGGCCACCUCGGUCCUCACUCAGAUGGCCAGCCAAAGGACAGAACUGAGCAUGCCAAUACAGUCACAUGUGAUCAUGACCCCACAGUCACAGUCUGCGGGCAGAUGAUGUCUCCCAUGAUGGAGAGGUCCCCAGCCAGAGCUCGCCCGCCUGAGCCAAGAGAAAUCAACUUACCCCUCCCAUCUGCCUUGGACAUGGCAAUAUGGGGGAGGGGGAAUUGUGUGUUGUGAGUAUGGACAGAUGUGGGGCUUUUCUCUUUAGCCACAUGAUCAUGUAUGCUUGACACCUAUACUAGGGGCUCCUGCUACAAAGCCACAUAGAUCAUCCCCCAAGGAUGAGGUCUCUUACAUACCUUCCAGAUGGUCUGAACAAUCACCCCUGGCCCCAGUGCAUGUGUACCUGUCUCAACACUAACCCUUGCAAUUCUAGGUUUGGGGUUUCUCAGUGUCCUUUCUUCCCACUGAGCUGUGGCUGUUACCUUCUUGUUCCUUACUAGCAUGCCACUUCCUGCUAGAUAGAGGAGGGCUAGAUUUGAUAGCAUGUCACUUGCUGUCCCAUCCCCAGCCACCUCAUGGACUCAGGACUUUGUCUCCCUAUA